AUGCCGCCUUCAGCUCGACACAGCGCUCACCCUUCGCACCAUCCUCAUGCAGGUGGAAGGGACCUCCACCACGCUGCUGGUGGCCCUCCUCCUCAAGGCGGUCCCGGCAUGCCUCCUGGUCCCGGAAAUGGCCCCAUGCAUCACCCUCACUCCUCUUAUGCGCAAUCCAUGCCGCCGCCACCCGGUCUGCCUCCCCACGCUAUGAACGGUAUCAACGGUCCUCCGCCAUCGACACAUGGUGGACCACCUCCUCGUAUGGUCAUGGCCGAUGGACCAGGCGGCGCCGGCGGUCCACCCCCGCCGCCACCGCCACAUAUCCCGCGCUCUUCGUCUGCUCAGAGCCGUAUCAUGGAGGCUGCAGGCGGCCCGGCUGGUCCUCCCCCUGCUGGGCCCCCUGCUUCAACGUCUCCCGCAGUGCAGAAACUCUCGCUUGCCAACGAGGCCGCAUGGGUCUCGAUCGGUUCGGCGGCAGAGACCAUGGAGGACUACGACCGCGCGCUUUCGGCAUAUGAGGCUGCUCUUCGACACAAUCCGUACUCGGUACCCGCUCUCAGCGCCAUCGCCGGCGUCCAUCGCACCCUCGACAACUUCGAAAAGGCCGUCGACUACUUUCAGCGUGUGCUCAACAUUGUCCCCGAGAAUGGUGAUACCUGGGGCUCCAUGGGUCACUGUUAUUUGAUGAUGGAUGACCUGCAGCGCGCCUACACCGCAUAUCAGCAAGCACUCUACCACCUUCCCAAUCCCAAAGAGCCCAAGCUGUGGUACGGCAUCGGCAUCCUCUACGAUCGCUACGGCAGCCUCGAGCAUGCAGAGGAGGCUUUUGCCAGCGUUGUCCGAAUGGAUCCUAACUACGAAAAGGCAAACGAGAUCUACUUCCGUCUCGGCAUCAUCUACAAGCAGCAGAACAAGUUUCCCGCCAGUCUCGAGUGCUUCCGCUAUAUUCUCGACAACCCGCCGCGCCCACUCACCGAGAUCGACAUUUGGUUCCAGAUCGGCCACGUGUACGAGCAGCAGAAGGAAUUCAAUGCCGCAAAGGAAGCUUACGAGCGCGUUCUCGCUGAAAAUCCCAAUCACGCCAAAGUGCUGCAGCAGCUCGGUUGGCUCUAUCACCUCUCCAACGCCGGCUUCAACAACCAGGAGCGUGCCAUCCAGUUCCUCACAAAGAGUCUCGAGUCCGAUCCCAACGACGCACAGAGUUGGUAUCUGCUAGGACGUGCUUACAUGGCUGGUCAAAACUACAACAAGGCCUAUGAGGCUUACCAACAAGCCGUCUACCGCGAUGGAAAAAACCCGACCUUCUGGUGCUCAAUCGGUGUUCUCUAUUACCAAAUCAAUCAAUACCGCGACGCACUCGACGCCUACUCGCGCGCCAUCCGUCUGAACCCGUACAUCUCGGAGGUCUGGUUCGACCUCGGCAGCUUGUACGAGGCGUGCAACAAUCAGAUUAGCGACGCCAUCCACGCCUACGAGCGGGCCGCCGACCUCGAUCCUGACAACCCGCAGAUCCAGCAACGCUUACAGCUUCUUCGCAACGCCGAAGCCAAGGGGGGCGAGCUGCCGGAAGCACCUGUGCCUCAGGAUGUUCACCCCACCGCCUAUGCCAACAACAACGGCAUGGCUCCUGGCCCCCCUACCCAGAUUGGCGGCGGACCUGGUCCUUCGUACCCACCGCCGCUUGUCGGCCCUCAGCUUGCUGGCAACGGGGGAGGACGCGGAGACCUGUCCGACCGCGACUUGCCCGGACCUGGCCAUCUUGGUUCGUCUCAUUCACCUCCGCCCUUCCGAGGUCCCCCUGGUACAGACGAUCGCGGAGCGCGUGGUCCUCCCCAUGGUGCUUUGGCCCCCAUGGUGGGAGGCCCAGGUGGUCCUGAGCCUCUCGGACGUGGUGGCUUUUCGCACUCGCGAGGCCCUUCGCCCGGUCCGCCACGCAUGGACCCGUACGGCAGGAGGUUGGGGUCGCCACCGCGCCGUUCACCACCACCGCCUCUGCGCUCAGAUGUGCAUGACGGACACGGUGCUCCGCCGCACGUUCACGGUCAAGGUCACGGUCAAGGUCACGGUCAAGGUCACGGUCAAGGUCACGGUCAAGGUCACGGUCAAAGUCACGGUCACAGUCAUGGUGGCGAGUUCCGUGGACCGCCUCCCCUGGCAGCCGCUGGCCCUGGUGGACCUCCGCCGCCCUUGGAUCACUACGGCCGACCCAUGGGUGGUCCGAUGAGCGAGCGCGAACGCGAGAUGGAAUGGGAGCGCGAACGAGAACGCGAAAGGGAGAGAGAGCAGGCUGCUCGUGGCUACCCCGCCAGUGGUCGCAUCACACCGAAAAACGAGCCGGGCUACGCACGCUCGCAGCACGGAGGCAGCAAUGCGCCCUCGCCGGCAUUCGGACGACCUCCCGUCUACGGGCGUGACGAGGGACGUGACUACUACAACAAUUCUCAUCCAGGUUCUGGCCCUGGCGGUCCAAGAGGUGGUUACGAGCGAGGUCCUGGUGCUCCUCAUGCACCUGCUCCUGGCAUGCGCCACGAUGAACGAGGCCCCCCGCCAGCUCCAUUUGAACACGAGCGUGGUCCGCCUCCUCCUCAUCAAGCCGGCGAUCUCCGUUACGACAGCUACAGUGAUGGCCGUGACGGACCGUUUCGAGGACCGCCGCCUGGACUUGGCAGGCCCACGCCUGACUGGGAGCGUACACGUGCUGGAGAAUACGGUCCUCCUUCACUGCACGAUGGGGCAGAGGGUCGCAACGCGGGAGGAUCUGCGAGCAAAUCGCGUCGAGGACCCAAAGCAAAGGACGAGCUCGAGGCUGCACCGGCGCCUCCUUCGCCUGUUCCCUCGUCUGCUGGUAAGAAGGGCAAGACGACGAGCUCGAGAGCCGGCUCGCCCUGGUCUGCCAAGGGAGGCGUUGCUGCCCCAGGCAAGAACGGCAAGGCCUCUACGCCCUUUGGUACUGGUGUUGGUGCUCCUGUUGCUGCUGCUGGUGUCGGAGGUGGAGUUGGAAGCAAGAAGGGGGCAGCAAUUUCGCUGCGUCCACAGGAGGAUCAGCCAGAUUCGAGGCCUGGCUCGCCGCAAUCUCGACGUGAUGCUUCGCCGGCCAGUUCGGAUGGCAGCAAUGAGCCGCUUGCUGCGCGCGCACCCUCGUCUCGCAUGGUCGACGAGGACUAUGAUGAAGGAGCUGCGGAUGCUCUGAUGGGUCUUGCUGGUGCAGCUUCUGCAUCUUCGGCUUCAGUGGCAACAGCUGCACCGGCACCAGUCUCGCCUGUGGCGACGUCGGAUCGAGCCUCUAGUGCCGAAAAGCGUGCUGAGAGCUCACUGGGCAAGCGACCUUAUGCUGAGGAGGAAAGGGCGGUCGAUGAGCCAGAGGAUUCGUACAAGCGAGCCAAGAGUGGAAGUGCAGCUGAGAUCGAAGCAGAUGCCACCAGCGGCGGCAGACUCAACGGUGUUUCUGUGUCUGCCAAACCCGAGGCUACGGCCGCAGAGGGGACGGAGCAGCCGAAAGAGACUAGGACCGAAACGCCGCCGCUCGCUGUUGCUCAGGCUACUUCACCCGAGGCGAUUAACGGCAAGGCAGAGUCGGAGAGCGCCGUGCAGCCAAUGGAUGUGGAUGGUCGAGAGCCGUCGAAGGCGCCAUCGGAAUCGGCGACCGCUAUGAAGGACUCGCCCUCCACUGCCAACCCAGUCGUGGCCGCGAAAGCUUCGGAGCCAAGUCCGACGGCUGCACCGCCUGCAACUUCCAUGGCAACGAGCGAGGCUCAACCGGCGAAAGCCGACAGCUGCGAGAAAAACAACAACGAUGAAGACGAACGCGAGGAAGAGGAGGGUCAGAUUCACGAAGAUCCGAUCGACGCUCCUGCUAAGCGUGCUGAUGAGGAUGGCGCAAAGUGA